AUGACAAAUCCAGCAGACUACCACACAGCUAUAGACGAGCAGCUUCUCGCUGUUGCACUGGCCAAGUCCGACGGCAGUUCGGCGCUGCCCCAAGAAAUUGAGGCCACUCGAGUGAAAUUGGAAGAGAUCGCUCACGCUGCUGCAAUGAAUAAGCUGCAGCAGAGCGUUGCGCACCACCAGAGGGUUGACCAGGCAGCACAGCAGGCAGCCCAGGCACAACACCAGUUGAACCAGUUGAGGCAACUGCAGCUGCCGCAACUCCACCAGCUCCAGCAGCAGCAACAUCAACAGCAGCAGCAACAUCAACAUCAGCAGCUCCUCCACCAUCAACAACACCAACACCAGCAGCAGCAGCAACAGCAGCAACAACACCACCAGCCACAGCACCACCACCAGCACCACCAGCAACAGCAUCAGCACCAGUUUGACGACGACCCUUCUCAAUACAAUAUCCAGAUCCCAGACCCCAUCAUCGACGCCAAGCUGAGGAUAUAUCCUGUCAGCGAGAACACAAUCACUGCCGAGGGGAACCUCAUCACCAGACCAUACCCGGAGCAGGUAUUCCAGAGCCGUGACGACUUGAACGAGUUCAUCCACGAGUUUGCUCGCGACAAUGGGUUUGGAGUGGUGAUUGCUCACUCGAACAAGAAGGCCAUCUACUACACUUGCGAGCUUGGUGGUAGAUAUCGUCACAAAAAGUCCAAGAAGAACGCCAACGGUGUGCAUCUGGAAGGCGGCAACGACGGUGUGGACGCAGAAGAACUCGGCGCUGACGUUACAGAUGAAAAUGGAUACCUCUUAGACCCUUCCACCAAGACUAAGAAGUUGCGUUGUCCCUUCUCAAUGACUGCCAACUUCAAGAAAUCUACAGGAGUUUGGACCCUCAGAACCACUUGUAACGAGCACAACCAUCCACAAUUGGACCCACUCUCGAACCAUCCCAUGCUCCGCAAGAGAUCCGAUGAGUUGAAUUUGCUUAUAUUGGAUUUGUACAAGAUCGGUACUAAACCGCUGCACAUUGAAUCUAAGAUCAAAGACCAGUAUCCCGACGUGUUGAUUAAGAGAGAAGACAUUUACAAUGAGAUCCGUGGCUACAAGAGAAAGCUCAAGAAGCAGAAUAGAUUCCUCACCAGCAACAACUCCCGUCACUCGUUGUACAAUAGUAAUCCAAAUGCCAAGAAGAGGUCAAACGCAUCGUCAUUCCAGCAAGUUGGUUUAGAUGACGAUGACGAUCAAGGUGACCAAGUGUUAGACUACGAUCUACACCAAACGCACCAAGAUGUUGAGUUGCAACGUCAAUUGGCUGCUGCUUCUCAACAGCUGCAACAUCAGCAACUUCAACUUCAGCAACAACAUCACCAGCAGCACCACCACCACCAACCUCAACUGCACCACCAGCACCAUAUCGAUGAACAGCAGCUCCAGCAGUACCUGCAGCAAUUGCAGGAACAUGACUUGCACCAUGGAGGUGGGGAUCCUGAUUCUGACAACACUGCAGCUGCUGCUAUUGCAGCUGUUGCCAGUGCCACUCAGCAGCACCAAUCUCACUCUCACCAUCAUGACAGCGAGUUAUCAAUGGAUAAUAUCGACAGUAGACUUGUUGGAGAAUAA